AGAAUAAAAAAGUAACCCUACGUUAUUACUUUAUCAGAACUGAAGAUUCGAGUAUCGAUUAUUUUUGUUCUGUUUUUAAAAACAUUUUUCUUAAAAAAGUAACUCAAUUUUCGAUCAUCCAAAAGCGUUUAUCAUUUGAAGUCUUACGAAAGAAAACUGAUACAUCCUAGAAAAUGGCAAAUCUUCAAAGAAUUGCAGAGGAAGAAAAAGAAUCCAAAUUUGGAUAUGUUUAUGCCGUUUCUGGUCCAGUCGUCACUGCCGAACGGAUGUCUGGCUCAGCUAUGUACGAGUUGGUCCGUGUUGGUUAUUAUGAACUUGUGGGAGAAAUCAUUCGUUUGGAAGGAGACAUGGCAACCAUUCAAGUUUAUGAGGAAACUUCUGGUGUUACCGUUGGGGAUCCUGUGCUUCGAACGGGAAAACCAUUGUCCGUAGAAUUGGGUCCAGGAAUUAUGGGAAGCAUUUUUGACGGUAUUCAAAGACCACUGAAAGACAUCAAUGAGCUCACGAGCUCCAUUUACAUUCCAAAAGGUGUGAACAUACCAGCGUUGUCAAAAACCGCUUCAUGGGACUUUGCUCCUCUAAACGUUAAAGUUGGGGCACAUAUAACCGGAGGAGAUUUAUACGGUAUUGUCCACGAAAAUACAUUAGUGAAGCACAAAUUGUUGGUGCCACCGAAAGUUAAAGGUACCGUAAAAUAUUUGGCACCGGCAGGAAAUUACACUGUCGAUGACAUUGUCUUGGAAACUGAAUUUGAUGGUGAAGUAACCAAAUACAGCAUGCUUCAAGUGUGGCCUGUACGGCAACCUCGUCCUGUAACUGAAAAACUUCCAGCAAAUCACCCUCUUUUGACUGGCCAACGUGUAUUAGAUUCAUUGUUCCCCUGCGUCCAAGGAGGAACGACCGCUAUCCCUGGUGCAUUUGGUUGCGGCAAAACCGUAAUCUCCCAGGCUCUGUCUAAAUAUUCAAAUUCCGAUGUAAUUAUUUACGUUGGAUGUGGAGAAAGAGGAAAUGAAAUGUCAGAAGUAUUGAGAGAUUUCCCAGAGUUAUCUGUCGAAAUUGAUGGAGUCACAGAAUCUAUUAUGAAGAGAACUGCACUAGUUGCAAAUACAUCAAACAUGCCUGUAGCUGCUCGAGAAGCUUCUAUUUACACUGGCAUCACAUUAUCCGAAUACUUCAGAGACAUGGGUUACAACGUAUCAAUGAUGGCAGAUUCCACAUCCAGAUGGGCAGAAGCUUUGCGUGAAAUUUCUGGUCGAUUGGCUGAAAUGCCUGCUGAUUCGGGUUAUCCUGCUUACUUAGGUGCACGUUUAGCUUCAUUUUACGAGCGUGCAGGGCGCGUCAAAUGUUUGGGAAAUCCAGAAAGAGAAGGUUCAGUAUCCAUUGUUGGUGCUGUAUCACCACCAGGAGGUGAUUUCAGUGAUCCCGUCACGUCUGCGACCUUGGGUAUCGUCCAAGUGUUCUGGGGUCUUGACAAGAAAUUGGCUCAGCGAAAACAUUUCCCCUCUAUCAACUGGCUCAUUUCUUACAGUAAAUAUAUGAGAGCAUUAGACGAUUUUUACGACAAAAACUUCCCAGAGUUCGUUCCAUUACGUACGAAAGUCAAGGAAAUUUUACAAGAAGAGGAAGAUUUGUCAGAAAUCGUCCAAUUAGUUGGAAAAGCUUCUUUAGCUGAAACAGAUAAAAUCACUUUGGAAGUAGCUAAAUUGUUGAAAGACGAUUUCCUACAGCAAAACUCUUACUCUGCGUACGACCGUUUUUGUCCAUUCUAUAAAACAGUCGGAAUGUUAAAGAACAUCAUAGCUUUUUAUGAUAUGUCAAGACAUUCAGUUGAGUCUACAGCCCAAUCGGAAAAUAAAAUUACAUGGAAUGUCAUUCGCGAUUCAAUGGGAAAUCUUUUGUAUCAACUUUCCUCAAUGAAAUUCAAGGACCCAGUUAAAGAAGGCGAACAAAAAAUUAAAGCAGACUUUGACCAGUUGUACGAAGAUUUACAACAAGCUUUCCGAAACCUUGAGGAUUAAAAAGUAUUAAAUUUUAGAUAUUCAAAAUAAAUAGUAUACUACUACUGGGACAACAUCAUCAUCUGUUCAUGCGAGCAACUACAUGGGAGUUAACUAAAAUAAUAAAAUUAUGUUAAACAUUAUAAAUUUAUUGUAAAACAUUAUGCAAUUGUUAAGAAAUAGUUAUUGUGCAAUAAAGAAUAUGUUGUGCUCAAUAA